CAGUAUUAAAAUGAUGCGUUACUGCCUAACGAAUUGUCAUUUUUGUGUUGGUUUGGUUUUAUAGAUUGGUUCCCUGUCUCUCUUCACAGUUGCUGUAACAAAUAUUAUCAUAUGGUAUUCUAAAUGUUACGUAUAUUAUGUAUGAUAUCGUUUUAUGUGUAGAUGUGUCAUAUUUCAUCAAAAUCAGAAAACGAUAUGACGUUACAAAGUCCAUUACUUUUUGGAGACAAGCAUACUAGUCCGGUACGUUUUAAGUGUCACAACUCAAAAAAAUCUACCAAAUGUUGUUGUACAAUCAUUCAGAAUAGUCUCGUUAUAACAAUACAUUUACACAUGCCUGUGUAAUUAAAGACGUCCCAGCUAGCAACGAUUUCGGGCGCAAUGCAGAUUGGUUGGGGCAGGCUUAGGGGCAUUGUCCUAUGUAUUUCUAUGCGCCCGAAGUUUUUUGCGCUCGAAAAUACUGCUAGGUUGGGUGUAAGACGAAUAAAUAAAUAAGAAUGUAUUUAAUCAGCUUAACAUUAGCGAUAGAAUUAAGCUUAAUGUUAUCGCCAACUUUUCCAUUAAAACUAACCGUAAUGAAUACCUAACUCUAGCCUAAUCCCAAACCCAAAUGCCAAACAUAACUUUAAGUGAAAUAAACCAGGAUAAAUCCGCGGGUUAUUUCAUGAAUAGGGUGAAUAGACAUGAUGCAGAAUGUGAUGCAAUCGUACUGGUUGUGAAGGGUUACUUGGUCGGCCGCUUGUUUGGGUGGAAUAGUUUGUUUUCGUACCGAUUCGCGGAAUGUUAUCUGCAUACAUGGAAGAUUUAAGGCACGAAAAAUAAAAUUUCAAUUCACCCAGUUAUGCUUGUAUAUUUACUGAAAUUAUGUGAUGUAUCACUAGAACUGGGGUUGCAUAUGCUGAUAUUAGGAAUGAAGGUCUUCGUUGAGAAAACAUUGAGUGGUACAAAUACAUGUACCAGAUGUCAAUAAUCUUGUUUUAUUGUCUAAAUUUGUUCUCGUACUUGUGUGAAUAAGUGUAUGUUUUACCUUUUUAGUGCUUUCCGGUGUUUCAGAUACUAUGCUAGUUGACCGUGUUUGAUGGUGAUAAACAUCACUUGUUCAAAACUUAAAGUUACUUACUUGUGAUAAAGUGAGGACUAUGGAGGAGGAGUUCAAUGCCACCAUGAAGAAGUAUGAAACUGUCUUGGAAUGUGUGGAUCAGAAACUCGCAUCGAUAAUUGCUGCCGAUCGAUUUCUUAAUGAUCUCAUUCCAAAGUCAAAAGAGCUAGAAAAUGAUGUCUUACACCUACCAUCAAACAAAGAUGUUAUGAACACCAUUGAAAUUCAUUUUGGACGUGCUAUGCGCUUAACUCUACUACGAGGGGAUGGUGUAAGAUUGCCUCUAGUAGUUCCUGUCGAUGCUCGUGUUUUAGAAUUACGGUGGGCAGUGCAAGAAGCCAUUUCAUCUUAUAUGAAUCAUAUAUCAAAUUUACCAGAAGCAAAUCAUAAAGGUGGUUUCACUGAUAAUAUCUCUUCACAAAGCCGUAUUUCUGCUAAAUCUAUCAGCUGGCGAAGUAUUUGGAAAACAAAGUGUUUAGCUGUUGUAAACCCAAAUGGUGUAUUUCCUCCUGAAGGUCUUCCAUCUAUCACUGCUAGACUGGAUGUAUUAACCAACAAAUUGUCAGAGCACUACCAAAUUCGUAAUGGAGCAAUUAUUACCUUUGCUCCCCGACUUCAUCGAAAAUGAAUAUUUGUGUAUAUGAUUUUAGAUAUCAAGUACAUAUUUUUCCUUUUGUCUUUUAUGUAUAUAAUAUAGUUUUGGUGAAAA